AUGAUAAAGAUGAGGAAGAAGAAGCUGCCAUUAUCAAUUUCACACCAUUGCUGCUUCCUUCUCUCUCUCUUCUCCAUUUUUGCCUCCUUCAGAUCCACUCCUGUACAUAAUUAUGCAGACGCCCUCACUAAAUCCCUGCUUUACUUUGAAGCCCAACGCUCCGGCCGUCUUCCGUACAACCAACGUGUCACCUGGCGCGACAAUUCCGGCCUCACCGACGGUCUUGAACAAGGCGUGGAUUUAGUCGGAGGUUAUUACGACGCCGGAGACCACGUCAAGUUUGGUUUACCGAUGGCAUUCACCGUCACAAUGCUGUCGUGGAGUAUUAUCGAGUACGGCGAAUACAUUUCCGGUGCCGGCGAGUUGGAGCACGCCGUGGAGGCAAUCAAAUGGGGCACAGAUUAUUUCAUCAAAGCUCACACUAGCCCUAACGUGUUAUGGGCUGAGGUGGGUGACGGAUACACCGACCAUUACUGUUGGCAACGGCCGGAGGACAUGACGACGUCAAGGCAAGCAUAUAAGAUCGACGAGAACAAUCCAGGUUCAGAUCUCGCAGGAGAAACGGCCGCCGCUAUGGCCGCGGCCUCCAUUGUGUUCAAAAAAACAAAUCCACAUUACUCUCAUCUGUUAUUGCAUCAUGCACAACAGUUAUUCGAAUUUGGGGAUAAGUACAGAGGGAAAUACGACGAAAACAUUGGAGUUGCGAAGAAUUACUACACAUCAGUGAGUGGUUACAAGGACGAAUUGCUGUGGGCCGCGAUAUGGUUAUACAGAGCCACCGACAACCACCAUUACUUGAAUUAUAUGAUCGAUAAUGGCGAUUCCUUCGGUGGCAUCGGCUGGUCGAUUACUGAAUUCAGUUGGGAUGUUAAAUUCGCUGGUAUUCAAGUGCUUGCAUCUCAGCUGCUUACAGAAGAAAAGCACAUGAAGCACAAAGACAUGCUAGAAAAAUACCAAUCGAAAGCCGAGUACUACAUCUGCUCGUGCCUAAACAAAAACAACGGUACAAAGAACAAUGUCGGACUUACCCCUGGAGGCCUCAUAUACAUUCGACAAUGGAACAACAUGCAAUAUGUGUCUUCGGGGGCAUUUUUGGUAUUAGUGUACUCAGAUUUACUCCGAAAAUCAAACGGAAAAGAGCUGAAAUGCCAUGGAGGAGAGGUAACUUCUGAAGAGCUACUUCAAUUUUCAAAAUCUCAAGUGGAUUAUAUUUUGGGCUCUAAUCCAUUAAACAUGAGUUAUCUAGUGGGCUUUGGCCCAAGGUUCCCUACUAGGGUUCACCAUAGAGGUGCAUCAAUGGUGUCCUAUAGAGAGAACAAAGGGUUCAUUGGGUGCACUCAAGGCUAUGACAAUUGGUAUGGUUCCACGGAUCCGAACCCGAACAUUGUGGUUGGGGCAUUGGUCGGUGGACCCAACCAUAACGACGAGUUCAAUGACAAAAGAGGAAAUUACAUGCAGACAGAAGCGUGCACGUAUAAUACAGCACCGCUUGUCGGAAUUUUUGCAAAGUUAAAUUAUUUAGAGAAUACAGUUUUACAUGCUUUUUAUUAAGUAAAAACUUAUACAAUGAAUCAUGUAUAGUGUUUUGGUAUGUGUGUGUUUUUUUUGUGGCUUAAAUUUAUUGGUGAAGCCCAAAAUUCAGUUUUCUUGAU